AUGGUAAAUAACAACCACAAUAACAACACCAACAACAAUAAUAAUAAUAAUAUCUCUAGCGGAAAACAGAAAAAAAAACACAUGGUUGCCAUGGACGUCACGCAUGGAUUACUCUUCCAAUUCCGGACGAAAAAACAUCUGUGUCGCGGUCAGCUGAAUUGCUACUCUGGCACGGUGGCAGCUACGAUCACUCAGACUGGUUGUACCAGUUGUCAGACGACAGUGACGUACUCGGGCUCUGCGGCGAUCACCACGUCCUCCUGUGUAGCCAGCUGUGCUCAGACGGACACGACUGCCUUGGGGUUGGGAGUGAAAACUUUCUGCUGCUCCACUAACCUCUGCAACCCGCCCAACGCCACGUUCAAUGGCCCCAGUGCAGGUUUGAGGUGCUACGUGGGAGACUCCAUGGCCACCCAAAGCAACUGCCAGUUCUGCAAGAAAACAGUAUCAAGUAUACUAGUGACCACUAUCGUUUCAAGAAGCUGCGAAAAUUCGUGCUCUACUAUAGAAAUCGGACCAAUAAAGUCAACUUGUUGCCAGACCGAUUUCUGCAACCAGGCGACCACUCUGGCGACCAAGUUCAGUCUCAUCAGCGCCAUCACCACGGCCAUCAUCGCCUAUCUGGUGAUUAAAUUUUAA